AUGUCGUCCGGCGUCGUGCGGUCUACAGCCCUCAGGGCCGGCGGCGCGUGUGUGCGCUGCCGCAAGGGAAAGACCAAGUGCGUCUACGAGAACGGCCGCGCCCCGUGCAAGAACUGCGCAAAGGGCAUGCACGAAUGCUAUCUUCCCUCCGAGAGCAUGGCUCAUCACCACGGCCAGAGUCCAGCUCGCCAUUCCAACGCCCACAGAGCCCCUCGAGAAUCGCUCCCGGCUUCCGGGGCCGGCGCUGCCUCAGAGGCCAGGCAGCCUACAGUGGGCUCAGGCGGCACCAGCGCCAACAGGCACGUCCAGACCGCCGCCGCAGACAAGCUCACCCCGGAGCUGAUCGCUGAGUGCGAGCGCGUCGUGUCCAAGACGUUCCCGGCUUGUGUAGCCUUCCACAAGCCUUCCUUUGUACAGCAGCUCAAGAGUGCCUCCUUGGAGCCAUCUCUCGUCUUCGGCUUGCUGGCAUGCGCCGCUCGGAGCUCCCAUGCUUUGAUCCGGCGGUUUGGCAAUCCAACUACAGCUGCCGAGAACUUCGCGGCCAAGGCCAUUGGCCUUGUCACCCAGAACCUAGACCACCCCAACCUUGCGGACAUUCAGGCGUUAUGCCUUCUUGUGAUCCACGAAUGGGGCUCUCGGAACGCGGUCCGUGCCUACAUCUUCCUAGGCCAGGCUGCGCGUAUGCUCCAGAUGUACAGCAUUCUCAACAGCCACCGAACUGACCCCGACCAGUUCCUGCGCGAUGAGUCCUUCCGACGCACCCUGUGGCUCAUCUACAUCCUGGACUGCUUCCUGACCAGCACUCCUGGGCGCUACCCUGCUCUCAACCUUCGCGACACAGCUGACGUCUCUUUGCCUUGCUCUGAUAUCAACUUUGCAUUUGGUAAUGCAGUCUACGUCAAGACCCUCGCUCAGCAGCUCGACCCAGUUCGCAACCCCGUCACCCAGCCUCCCACCGGCGAGGUCGGCGAGUUUGGGUACAUCGUGUUGGCAUCCACCAUCUGGCGCGAUGUCGUCACCAUGCUCACAGGCACCACCCUUCAGAACUUCCGAGAGGAGACGUGCUCUGAUCUCAUCGACAAGAUUGAGAUGGUGAGGGCGUCGCUCCCCAUGCAGUUUGUGGAUAAGCCUGGCCAGAUUAACUUGCACAUGACUAUGGGAUCGGGCUACACAUUUGCCAUGCUCCACUGCCUGCUGCACUGCUCCAGCAUCUUUGUCCACCGGCGGCGACUACUGCAGGAGGUCACAGCACCCAACUUCAACAUUGAGGGAUUCCGCAUGUCCUCCAAGUGCCACGAUAUUGUUGACCGGCUCUUCACCUCAUGCCACACCAUCAUCUCCCUGUUGAACGCCGUGGAGACGGGAGCGGAGAAGGACCACCUCACCUGCUUCCCCAUCUUCAUGCUGUUCUCAGCCUUUACCGCCGGUGCUACGGUCGCUUAUCUGUCCCUCAAGGGUUUGACACCAUCCAAUGCGGUUGAGACAGCCAGCCACAUUGUCGAGGACGGCCUUCGUUUCAUGACCGAGGGCACAGAUAACUGGCCACUUAUGGCAAGCUGGCUACGUCACCUCACUGUCAUGCAGCGCGUGCUGAACAAUGACGCUGCAGCCAUGACCGCAGCUCGGCACAAUUCUGCUGGCCACAACUCUCUCGGCGGCCACAGCAGCAUCAAGGAAGAGGUUGCAUCAAACGCCGACACCUCGGCCGAUGCCAUGGACUACGACCCUCACGGGCAGAGUGGCAGUGUUCCCCCUCAGCACGCCCCUCCCACGGUACCUCUUGCCGGCCCUGACUCAGCACGUGCUGGUAGCGAGCCACCUGUUUCCAUUCCCCGCCGCCCCGGAAUCACCACUAUUAAUGGCAAUGCAGGCGUCGGGGCCGGUGCAACUGUCUCGCCUCCCCCACCCAAUUCUGCAGGCCAGUAUCCAUUGUACGGAUCUGAGGGCAAACAGCAGAGCCCGGAUGUGCCUCCAAAUGGCACAGUCGGUCCCCCGCCAGAGGCACACACUACAAGCCAGGACAUGACAGCUCCUGAGCUCUGCACAGUCUUUGAGCGCCAACUUCUAGAAAUGGAUGAUCUGGCCGCAUUUAUGGGUGGCGGUGUCUGA